AUGAGUCGUAAUAAACUAACGUUAAAAACUGGAUCGGCUCGUGCCAAAACAGUUGGAAAAGCCACCAAUGCUUCAACGUCACGUACCAUUCGCGUUCGAACCAUGUCUCUUAGAGACAUUCAAGAAAGUUUCAAACCUAACCCUGCAUCACUUGAAGAAAUCUUGUCAAGUAAAUCAUCUAAUGAUGCUGACAGAAAAAGAUCGCAAACGUUGAGGUCCGGAAUUACACGUUCUUAUCGCGUUGAGAAGCCUCGUGAUUCAAGAACAUCUCUUUAUACUGGUGCAUUGCGUGUACCUCGCAAUAAUAAUCUGAAAAAAGAAAAUCGGAGAACAAUGGGUGGUAAUACAGUGGUUAUGCGUAGCACUUCUAAUAAAAAAAAUGAGAUUAGAAAAUCUUUAGCUGCCACAUCUUUAGCCAUACGCGAUACAAUGCUUGAAACAACUCAAAUGAUUAAACCUAUACAACGAAUUCCAUCCUCAAUGACUAGACGCAUGACUACAUCUAUAAUGAAUAAGGAAUCAGGAGUACCAACGAUUGAAAUGCAACAAUUGAAGAAAGUUACGAAAGUUUCAAAUGAAAAUCACCUUCCUACCGUUGAGCAAUUUAGGUUAUAUGAAGAGUUAGAAGAACUCGAAAAGCAGUUAGAAUUAGAAAUUUCUGAGGAUUUGGCUGAUAUAUAA